CACCCCGAGGAGGAGGGCGACCUGGCCGACAUCAAGUCCUCCCUCGUCAACGAGUCCGAGAUCGCGCCCAGCGCCGGCGGACACGAGGUUUCCAGGCAAACCCAGGCGCCAGACUCCUACCAUGAUAAAGGCAGAGAGCAUCCCGAGGAAGGAAAGCAUCCGGACAGUGGCUUAUACGGCAAGGGACCAUCAUACUCUGGUUAUUCUGGGUAUAUCAUGAUGCCAAAUAUGAACACCGACCCCUACAUGCCGAACGGAUCCCUGUCGCCGCCCAUCCCCAGGACAUCGAACAAGGUGCCCGUGGUACAGCCCUCUCAUGCGGUUCACCCUCUCACCCCCCUUAUCACCUACAGCGAUGAGCACUUUUCCCCGGGGUCGCACCCGUCUCACAUCCCCUCAGACGUCAGCUCCAAGCAAGGCAUGUCCAGACAUCCUCCAGCUCCUGAUAUCCCCACCUUCUAUCCCUUGUCUCCAGGGGGUGUUGGACAGAUAACACCACCUCUUGGCUGGCAAGGUCAGCCUGUAUAUCCCAUCUCGAGUGGAUUCAGGCAGCCCUAUCCAUCCUCACUCUCAGUCGACCCUUCCAUGUCCAGGUUUUCACAUCACAUGAUUCCUGGUCCUCCAGGCCCUCACACAACUGGAAUCCCUCACCCAGCUAUUGUAACACCUCAAGUCAAACAAGAGCAUCCGCACAACGACAGUGAGCUAAUGCAUGUGAAGCCUCAGCACGAACAGAGAAAAGAACAAGAGCCAAAAAGACCUCAUAUUAAGAAACCUCUGAACGCUUUCAUGUUGUACAUGAAAGAAAUGAGAGCGAACGUUGUAGCAGAGUGUACUCUGAAGGAAAGCGCAGCCAUCAACCAGAUUCUUGGCAGAAGGUGGCAUGCUCUCUCCCGUGAAGAACAAGCGAAAUAUUAUGAACUAGCUCGUAAAGAAAGGCAGCUACACAUGCAGCUUUAUCCAGGCUGGUCUGCAAGAGACAACUAUGGGAAGAAAAAGAAGAGGAAGAGAGAGAAGUUACAAGAAUCAGCAUCAGGUGGGAAAAGAAACACUUUCUCGACUUGCAAAGCAAAGGCUGCGACACCAGGACCCCUUCUGGAGAUGGAAGCUUGUUAAACCCUAGGUGUGUCCUUCAUCCACACAGACCACCCUGACGGGUCUGCCCAGGAUGCCAUUCACCCUGAUGUCACUGCUAGAGGCACUGAAUCAUAAAGACAAUCACUGCCAAAAUCCUUCACUCUUGCAAGGUCCAGCCCUGGUAUAAAAAGAGCAAAUGAGUUCCUGGGUCAGGAAAGCAGCUUUCUUCUCCAUCUCUGCCUUGCACUCUUAAUGCCCGUCCCAGCCGUGUCCAUACUGAGUCAGCAGCCCCGUAGCACGGCUGGCAGCUUCAGCCACCCCACUUACGCGACCACAGCUGCCCUCUCGAGCAUGCUGAGGAACGGAAUGUGCCCGGACGAGGAAGACACACUCACUUCUUUUUAUUUAAUGGUGCGACAGGAUCAAUUUUGGUUUUAGCUUUUUUAAGAAACUUGAAUGCUUUUAUAUUUUAACUUUUAGUUUUUAAUUUUCUUGGUGUAUAUUUUACUAGGUAUGAGCUUCUAAACAAGUGUCAAAAAUCUGAAAUACUUUUUAAAUAAAGGGUGUUUUUUGUUGUUUUUUUUUUUUCUGCCAGAGGAAAAGCCUGUAUGGAUAAAGGUGGAUUUUUUUUGUUGUUGUUAAACUAUUUGUAACAAAUAGUGGCCUCUAAGUCUAUAAUAACAGUGUCCUAUAGAGCUAAAUAAAUAUAACAACAGUCAGUUGGUCAGUAGACAUGUCAGUCUUGCAUCAUCUACUCUGUAAACAUAAGCAAUACAUCCAGCAAAUCUGACCGCAGUGAGUUCUCCUUCUCACCCAUUCCCCUUUUCCUUGUAAAAAGCCCAGCACUUGAAUUAUUACUUCAAUUGUUCUGUAUUUGUAUCUGUUUUUGUUAGCCUGUUAGUGGGAUUUUAUGCCAGUUGUUGAAAUGAGCAUUGAUGUACCCAUUUUUUUUUAAAGAGUAAGGCACAGCCUUUGCCAAAAAUACUGUCAACUUUUUUUUUUUUUGGGGGGGGGGGUCAUUCCAGUUUGAGUUAAUGUGCUGAGCAUUUGUUUUUUAAUAAAAGCUUUGUAAUAAAA